AUGGAGAACGGAGAGGGGAGCUCAAGAGCUUGGAUGGAGGGGGGUAGCGAGGAAGAGGUCCGAUGUAGCGCGCUGGAUCUUAUAAAGCGGAUGGAGGAGGACGGUUCGUGGAAACUACCGUCGGAGCGCAGAAUACAGGUGCCGCACGUGAGGCAGCAGCACUCGUGGGACUGUGGCGUGGCGUGCGUGCUCAUGGUGCUCAAGGCGCUCCAAGUCCCCAUCCACCCCGUCCAAACCGAGCCCAUGCAAAGCAUCCCGGCCGUCCAUUCGCUACAGCCAAUCAGAGCAUCUCCUGCCCAGGCGCUUCAGGGAGACGAAGUGGGCGGAGGGGAUGAUGCGGUGGCAGAGAGAGCUGCUGUGGAGCGUACCUGCCCGUCCGAAAGGGAGUCUGCGCGUGUAGCAGAGGGUGCUGACGCCAUGUGGCACUCUCUGGAACCAGCAGCGGGUGCAGGGGAUGUGGGAGAGGGUGUCAAUGGGUGCACAUGGAUGCGCACAGCAGAUGCCACAGGGGUUGCCGCAGCGGGGCCGGUGAGGAGAGGGUCGGCGAGGGGCCGUGGCUGUGCGGUGCGAGGUGGUGAAGAGGGGUGUGACGCCGUACCCGACACGACACGAGACAUGCGAGCAGUAGCAUGUGCAAUUGCGGGUGCAGGGAGGGGGAGGGCCGGGGGGAGCAGGGAGGCAUGUGAGCUGCAGCAUCUGCACCGCCAGUGCGGCACCACCAGUGUGUGGAGCAUAGACCUGGUGGCGCUGCUGCAGCGCCACGGCGUGGGGGUGGAGUUCCUCACCGUCACCAUCGGCGCCAACCCCUCCUUCGCCCACCAGCCCUUCUACAAGGAGAACAUCCCAGGGGACGUGGACAAGGUCGAUCCUCUUUGUUCGAUCCACUGUUUCGACUCACCUCUUUGUCCCACCCCCACGCCCACCGCCACGGCCGUGCAGGAGAACAUGCCCGGGGAUGUGGACAGGGUCAAUCGCCUCUUUGCCGACACCAUACGAGCCGGCGUGCGCAUUCAGGGUCUUUCGCCCCAUCUGUCCCGCUUCCCUUCUGCCCUCCUCCCCCCUCCCUUCCUCCCCCCAUCCCUUCCUGCCCUCCUCCCCUCCUCCCUCCUCCCGUCAUGCCCUCCCACCCUCCGCACUGCCAAGCCUCCCUCUCUUCUCGUGCAUCUGCAAGCCGGGUUCUGA